CGUAGGGCAGGUGAGAGGAGUGCACACACAGCUGCGACAUGAGGAGUCCGAGGAGGAGACGGAGCUUCAGAUGAUGCCUUGGAUUUAGCUGAACCCACAUGAGUGAUAUGAAUAACACGCUGGACGAAAUACACACUUCCAGAGGUCUCGGAGAGAAAGCAGAGAUUUUUCAGAGUGGCAGGGGUAAUGUGAGUGGUUUCCCCAGCCCAGCCCUCAUCCCUCUGCGAGCUCCUUUACCGACACCAAAUGCCCAGAAGACCGGGAUCACGCCGUGCAAGGGGAACAGGAGCAAUAAAGAGGGAGAGGAGUCGUUCUCGUCUCCUGUUCCAAACCCUUUUCCUGAGCUUAUCCCCUCCACCCUCCCCCACUUUGUCUCUGAAUGUUUGUUGCCGUGGACCAAAAGCAGUGCAACUCAGGUAAUCAAAGUUUAUAAUGAAGAUAACACCAGCAGAGCAGUAGAAGUUCCCAGUGACAUCACUGCCAGGGACGUAUGCCAGCUGUUCGUCCUGAAGAACCACUGCAUCGAUGACCACAGCUGGACCCUGUUUGAAAACCUCUCGCAUCUGGGAAUAGAGAGAACCAUUGAAGACCAUGAGUCUGUUAUGGAGGUGCUGUCAGGCUGGGGGAUGGACACAGACAGCCGGCUGUGUUUUAGGAAGAAUUAUGCUAAAUAUGAAUUCUUCAGGAAACCUCUGGAGUUUUUCCCGGAUCACAUGGUCUCCAUAUCCAGUGAAACCAAUGGGAUGGUGGAUCCCUCUCAGCUUAUACAGACUUUCCUCAACUCUAGCACUUGUCCAGAGAUACAUGGGCACCUUCAUGCCAAAGAGAUAAGCAGGAAGUCUUGGAAGAAGUUUUAUUUUGUCCUGCGGAGGUCGGGCCUUUAUUUUUCCAGUAAGGGAAUGUCCAAGGAACCAAGGCAUCUCCAGUUCAUUGCCGACUUCAGCGACUGCGACGUCUACAGCGUCCCGUCUGCCAAAAAACUGCACGGAGCGCCCACAGAUUACGGCUUCUGCGUCAAGUCCACAAAGUGUUGCUCAGCGCGGGACCUGAAGCUGUUCUGUGCCGAUGAUGAGCCGACCAGGACCUGCUGGAUCACGGCCUUGCGCUUGUUAAAGUAUGGGAUGCAGCUGUACCAAAACUUCAUUCAGCCACACCAGAAACAAAAAGCCUCCCCGAUGAGAAGCAUCUCUGAGAGCUCUCUGGUGGCCAUGGAUUUUUCCGGCCAGAAGAGCCGCGUCAUCGAGAACCCGUCUGAGGCGAUGUCUGUGGCUGUAGCGGAAGGUCUGUCAUGGAGGAGGAAAAGCUGUCACCGUCUGAGCGGUCAUGGGAGCCCUUCCACAUCACUGAGUUCAAUGUACACCAUAGCGCUGCACAUGGCUCAGACGUGGUUCCACAGCAAACUGUCGAGAGAGGAGGCUCAGCGGCUGAUCACUCAACAGGGCCUGGUGGAUGGAGUGUUUCUUCUGAGGGACAGCCAAAGCAACCCCAAGACGUUUGUACUGUCACUGUGCCACAUGCAGAAAGUCAAACACUUUCAGAUCUUACCUGUGGACGAUGAAGGCGAUUUAUUCUACAGCCUGGACGAUGGUCACACACAAUUCACAGACUUGAUCCAGUUGGUGGAGUUUUAUCAGCUGAACCGCGGCGUGCUGCCCUGCAAGCUCAAGCACCACUGUGCCCGGAUCGCCCUGUGAACGAGGGAAACAGGAGACCUCCCCUCGAGGGCCCACGUGCACCUUUUUAAACUCCAGGGCUUUUCUGCACAGACACUCCCAGCGCCCUUGUGCCUUGAAACCGAAAGAUACAGUCCAAUCAAUAACCUAACAGCCAUGGUAACUGAAACCACUGUUUUUCAUCAGUCACACUCUGGUACAUGGUCUGUCUUGUUUUUCCUUUUGCAGAAAAAGCUGAAUUUGAUAAUCGACUGUGUAAUAAUGACUCUUCGGCCCUGUAGUGUCUCCAUCAUGUGUGGGGACUUAUCAUCCUGCACAAUGUAAAGCAGCAACAUCAUGCCAGCAGUGAAAGAUAGUGUAGCUGGAAAAUAUAAUGUCGACUGCAGUGUGUAUAGUGUAAUUAUAUACCGGUCAGUUACAGUCUGUCAAAGCUAAUGAAGGUUGAAUCCCAACAGAGGACUACAAGAAUUGUUUAUAUGUGACCAUUUUGUGCUGGGAAUUGUAGUCCACAACACCUUCGCCUUGUUAAAUCUGAGUAAAACUAAGCUAUCGUUGCAUGUCACUGCAUCGCUCUGAUUAUUCAGGUAUUUGUUUUUUUGUAAGAAAAUGAUUGUUUUCUAGUUGAGAGAUAAAAUGACGACGUCUCAGGAAGAGUCACUCUGUGUGCAGGACUGAGGGAGAGAGAGACGGAGGUGAAGUACAGGCGGAGAGGCGGCACACAACCUCACCUCUUUGAUUUUAAACGUAUGUGAUUCAAUGAAAUGUUUAUCGCGUGAAGUUAGUCGUGAGCUCCCUGUGGAGUGACAUCUUUCACCAAUUUUAGACAUAAAGCCAUCAAGAUGAAAAUCAGAAAUUUUACUGUAUGACUGAUUUUUGACCGUAUCUGGAUUCAGUGUAUAUUGAAAUUAAGCUUUUAUAUUUUCCAAAGAUGAAGGUACUAAGAUUGCAGAACCUGGGUAGGUCGUACUGUGAUGUUAACUCCACUGAUGUGGGUAUCCAGCGUCAGACUGUGUUUUGUUUUUGAAAAGCCAUGGACAUGAUCGACAUCACCAUGUUGUGCUUGUUGUUCCUUUUCUGUUUUUGGCAACGGUGCAUUGAACAAUGAAUGUCAUGGACUGCAUAGUUCAAAUAUAAAAAACACAGUCUGUUUGUAA